GCCUCCCUCCGCGGGGAUGUUAAUACUCUAGAUAACGAGUGGAGCAUAGUACAAGCUCAUGUCGAGUCGCAUCUGUCAGGCCCAAGGCUCUGGAUAUUCGACUUCAACCCAGCCUGUGAUUCUCGCAGACUCAUGCAGUGUUACCUCCCCCUCGCAUUCUCCAGUGCAGCCAAUUGUAGAACAGCCUCAUCCUCACCGCGUCAGCCGCCAGUCGCGUACACGACCACCCCGCACUGCGGGUGAUCUUGAUAAGCUCGCCCCUCCUACUUGACUCCAACUCUCUCCUCAAAUUCCACAUUCACCUCCCCUUCCAAUAUUAGCCGUGACCGGCCCGGAAUUGUAUAAAUGAUCUAGAGAAAAGGGAGAUCUCACAACGAGUCUUGAAAAUGACCGUCCAGACACUACGAGAGAUCUCCGCACACAAUCUCCGCACCUUCCAACGCAACUAUGUCUCUGAAAUUUCCGGGUCGCUGGGCGACUUGGGCACUUUUCUCCCUAUUGCCAUUGCCCUGGCCGUCAAUGGCACCGUCUCACUAGCCAGCACGUUGAUUUUCUCGGGAGUUUACAAUAUCCUCACGGGUCUGUUCUUCGGCAUCCCGCUCCCGGUGCAGCCCAUGAAAGCUAUCGCCGCGGUCGCGAUCGCCCGCAACUUCUCCAGUGGCUCCAUCGCUGCGGCGGGGAUCUUCGUCGGCAGCUGCAUUUUUAUUUUCAGCGUGACGGGGUUGCUGCGCUGGUUCGCCAAUGUGAUUCCCAUCCCCGUGAUCAAGGGGAUUCAAGUUGGCGCGGGCUUAUCCUUGAUUAUCUCGGCUUGUACCAGCAUGCUCCGCCCACUGGGCUGGAUUGGUCCAUCGUGGGCGGAUAAUCGAAUCUGGGCGAUACUGGCAUUCCUCGCUUUGAUCGUGACCAGUAUCUAUCGCAAGAUUCCGUACGCGCUGCUGUUGUUCGUCAUCGGUCUGGUCUUUGCGGUUAUUCGCACGGCGUUGGCGGCUCAUCUUCCUGGUUUCAGUAUCUGGCAUCCCUGGCUGGUCGUGCCAACUCCCCAUCAAUGGUGGGUGGGUGCCGUGGAUGCGGGGAUAGGCCAGAUUCCUUUGACGACGCUCAACUCGAUCGUGGCGGUCGUGCACUUGGCGAACGACCUACUGCCCAACGUUCGGACUCCAUCGAUUACCCAUAUCGGUCUCAGUGUGGCUGGUAUGAAUAUUCUCGGAUGCUGGUUCGGUGCGAUGCCCGUCUGUCAUGGAUCGGGUGGUUUGGCAGCACAGUAUCGCUUCGGUGCUCGCUCGGGUGCGAGUGUGGUGUUCCUGGGAAUCCUCAAACUCAUCAUCGGUCUGCUUUUUGGAGAGACCCUCGUUGAUCUGCUGAGACGCUUCCCGGCUGCGUUCCUCGGCGUUAUGGUCAUUGCAGCUGGCCUGGAGCUUGUGAGUGUGGGCGAAAGCCUCAAUACAUCGGGGGCUCGGGAUCUCGGUCGUACUGCUGGCGUGUUGGGUGCCGCGGAACAGCAGCUUGGCUCCGUUUGCUCUGAAGAGGAGCGAAAGCGUCGCUGGACAGUGAUGAUGGUCACUGUCGGUUUGCUGAUUGGAUUCAAGAAUGACGCGAUUGGCUUCAUCGCCGGGAUGUUGUGCAAUUGGGCUUACGAUAUUCCCAAGUGGUGGGAACAGGCGCGGAGCCGCUGGUCACAGGGACGUCUUCGUCUACGAUAGUUGAGGCCGGGGAGGGAAAUGGAGAGGUGGUUAUACAUCCUCUUGAGAAUAUACAGAAUGAACGGGAGAUUCACACAUCUCAUCACUUCAUGAUCAAUUUAGCAUACCACUAGCAAAUUCAUUUUACCAGUUCCCAACUACACCCCCAUCCCACAGGACCUAAAUAACCUC